CGCACCCUUGGCUGUAAUUAACUCCCCGAUGCUCUCUCGCCUCCUCCUCCGCCUCCCGUCGCCUGUCCAGUCUCCGCCUCAACGAACCCUCGCCGCCUAAUUCCCUCCUCCCGUAGGUUCCCAGUCUCGAUCCCAAUACCAACCCCUUUUCGAAUCAAAUUCCAUGAUAGAUACAGUCCGAUCGAUACGAGGAUUGAUCUCCUUCUGGUUCGGUCUCUCGAGGCGUUCUAAUUCGAUCCAUCGGAACCCUAGAUUUCGAUUCCCUAGGGUCCGGUUGUGAUUCUGUGGAUUGUAGGUGGUAUCGUUUCCCAUGGCGGAUCGCGAGGAUGAGGAGCUUCAGAUGGCACUGCGGAUGAGCCUCCAGAGCUCGCCGCCAGAGGCGAAGCGAAGCAAACCGAGGGAGAGCCCGGAGGAGUCGGUGGAGGCUCGGAACCGGAGGUUGCAGAGGGAGCUGCUGGCGUCGGCGGCAGAGAAGCGGAUCAGGGCUAUGGAGAACAAGAGCGUUAGCCUUGCGCGACCGGUGGGCGCGAGGGAAGAGGCGGUGGACAAGAUCGCUGCGGCGGCCGCGGGGCCCGCGGUGCCGAAAGCCGAGGGGGGGUCCGCUGGGGGGAAGGUGGAGGAGGUAGAGCGCACGGGUUUGGAUUCUGGGGAGGAGCUGUCGCCCUCGGACGCUGACCAGCUGUUUCUGAUGGUAUUUGGGAGUGGCGUGUCGAGGGAUGUGCUGGUACAGUGGAGCAAUCAGGGUAUCAGGUUUAGCUCCGAUCCCGAAACAUGCAUAGGUCUGGUCCAGCAUGAGGGAGGUCCUUGUGGUGUCUUGGCAACCUUACAGGCCUAUGUCCUCAAAUAUCUUUUAUUUUUUCCAGAUGAUUUGGUUAAACUUGAAGCCAAUAGUCCACUGUAUAGUUUAGGUCAAAGGAGAUUUUAUCAAAGUUCAUUUGCGGCAACUGAUAAUUUUGCAUCUAUAACUGAUGAUAGAAAGGAAAGAGCAUUGGUUCACAGUAUGGUUGAAAUAUUAUUUUUAUGUGGGAGUGAAAAAAGAGCUGUGAUUGCAACCCUAGGAGUUUUAAGCCACCAUGCAGAUGAUGGAUCUAAAGUUGAUCAGAAUGAGAUGGUAUCUAAAGCCUUAGAUGGCCUAUCAAUUGAGUCAGCUUCAGAUUUGCAGAAAGUUCUAAGGGUCAAUGCAUAUGAUUCACGGACAGCUGCUUUUCAUCAUCUUAUUGCGACACUUCCUGUAUUUCGAAGUCGUAUGGGGGCAAUACUAUUCCUUAUAUCUGCUCUACUUUCACGAGGACUGGAAUCCAUUCAAGCAGAUAGGGAUGAUCCUAACCCACCGCUGGUCACGGCUCCAUUCGGGCAUGCCUCACAGGAAAUCGUGAAUCUACUGCUCUGUGGACGGGCUGUCCCAAAUGUAUUUGAUGGCAGAAUGGAUCUUGGUGGCGGCAUGUUCCUCAAAGGCAUACCCACAAACGUGGAGGUUGGGUUCCUUUCCCUCCUGGAAUCUCUUAAUUUCUGCAAGGUUGGUCAGUUUCUAAAAUGCCCGAAGUGGCCAAUAUGGGUGGUGGGAAGUGAAUCCCACUACACGGUUCUCUUUGCGCUCGACCCCUCGGUGCAAGAAGAAAACGAGCUGGAAGUACGGGCGUCGAAGAUCAGGAGAGCAUUCGAUGCGCAGGACCAGAGUGGAGGGGGAGGUUUCAUCAGUGUGGAAGGAUUUCAGCAAGUUCUCACGGAGGCCAACAUAACUCUGCCACGCGAAAAGCUUGAAAGCCUCUGCUGUACAGGAUUUAUUGUAUGGAGCGAAUUCUGGCAGGCCCUGCUGGAUCUGGAUAAAAGCAUGGGAGGCUUUAAGGACUCAUCUGGGUUAAUGGGCAAGAAGCUUUUUGACAUCUACCAUUUCAAUGGAAUUGCCAAGUCGGUAUUGAAUGGGAAUUCAGCAGCAGGAGGCGAGAAUCCGCUGCAGAGACCAAGACUCUGUAAAUUGAGCGUGUCGGUUCCUCCGAGGUGGACCCAGGAAGAGUUUCUGGCUGAUAUGGUGACUGCUUUAAGCAGCGAUACCAGUGGGAAAGAGAGUGGAAUCGUUGAGCUAAAUCAGCCUUCUCAGCAUGCACCACUGGUCGACUGCAUUAGAACUCGGUGGGCCCGUGCCACUUGUUGCUGGGUUGGAGAUGCUCCCAGUAUUGUCUAGUAAGAAAGAGUCCGUGCAAACCCGUGAAUGGGGUCCCAUUGAGGUAUGUUCUUCUUUUCCCCACAAACACCGGCGUAUGGGGGCGGUACGUGAAGCUUGGAGGCCAUAUUAAUGCAGGGCUGUUCCAGCUUGUGGCGAUUACAUUCGAACUGAAAGUGCCUGAUUGUUGUAAUGGCUUCUGUUUAUUUGCUUAUAUUAUGAUGCACUGAAAUGUCAGUUUUCUUGUCAAAUCGUAUACGUGAUUUUGUGAAAUCUCAAACUUCAAUUGGAAUGGAAGUUUAAGAUAUAUCUUGA